GAGAGAAACACCAACUCGCCGCGACUCUGAACGCACCGCACAUACAAACUAAAUCGGGAGGACCGCUGCUCGUUUCACCCGUGGAUACUAUUACACAAGUGCCGUCGUCUCCAAAUCCUGCCCGUGGGAUACUCUGGCUUCAUCCUCUCUGCUGUGCAGUUUUAUCACCUCCUUUUAUAUCACCCUCCUUUUCUCCCCCUUUGCCAUCUUUCUCCCCUCUCCUCAUCUUUGAGCAUCUUCUCCUGCUCGCAAGUCUUCUCGCUUGCGUCGCUAACUUUUUUCCUCCAUCCCACACGCCUCCUCCAUCGCCCACCAACCCCUCGGCAGUGCCCCCACUAGACCUCUUUUUCUCCUUCUCGCACUCUCGCUUGGAUCGGGCGGAACCUAUUUGGCUGGUCUACACGGGGCACUGCUACAUGGGGCGCACGGUCUCGCUCGGAAAAUGUUCUGCUGUAGGUCUCUAGGCGCCCCGCUGAACCUGUUGGGAUUGGAGUUGUCGGUGCGCGUCUGCGUCUCUUUCCCACCUCGCUUGUGCGGUCGGGGCCAGUGAGAGAUGGGUCUGUCCGUGGCGGCUCAGGCACCUCUCGAGGAGCCCCGACGACUGCGCCGGUGGAGCGGGACAGCGGGGGGCUGGCUCAGGAUCACACUCGUCUCGUUUCUCGCCACUUUACCUGUGGAGCAGCUGCGCGCCUUCCCUUCCUCCCUCAGCGACUGCCAGACGCCGACCGGCUGGAACUGCUCCGGUUCCGAUGACCGGGACACAGACCUGUUCUUGUGCGACACCAACACAUGCAAGUUUGAUGGGGAAUGUCUAAGAAUCGGGAACAUGGUGACAUGCAUUUGCGAUUUCAAGUGCAACAAUGACUAUGUGCCUGUGUGUGGCUCCAACAAUAAGAACUACCAGAACGAGUGCUUCCUGCGCAGGGAUGCCUGCAAGCAGCAGUCUGAAGUGCUUAUUGUGUCAGAAGGCGACUGUCCUGCUGAUGCUGGCUCAGGAUCAGGAGACGAUGGAGGAGAGGGCUCAGCGGAGACUGGGCUGAAGGAGACGUCCACCUGUGACAUUUGCCAGUUUGGGGCAGAGUGCGAUGUGGACGCAGAAGAUGUAUGGUGUGUCUGCAACAUCGACUGUUCCCACAUCAGCUUCAACCCAGUAUGCGCCUCAGAUGGUCGUUCCUAUGACAACCCCUGCCAGGUGAAGGAGGCAUCCUGUCAGAAGCAGGAGCGCAUCGAGGUCAAGUACCUGGGCCACUGCCACGAUGACAUAAUUGGGAACAAAGGCGGAGAUGGACACUUCGCACGGACCGACCCCACGGGGGAGAAAGAGGAGACCAGGAACGGACUGGCCCGCGGUUUGUCCAUCCCGAAUGACUCGCUUUCUCUCUCACUUUCCCCCCACUCUUGUGCGUUUGUGCGUCUGUGUGUGCGUGAUCUCAGCUGUCACUCGGGUUUUAGGGGCCCCCAUUGUGACAUCAAGGAGUACAACGUCCUCUAUGUGGUGCCAGGCUCCGGCAAACUGCACUAUGUCCUCAUCGCCUCUAUCAUCGGAGCACUCCAGGUGGUCAUCAUCUGUGUGGUGGUGCUCUGCAUUACCAGGAAGUGCCCACGGACCAACAGGAUCAACCGGCAGAAGCAGAACAAUGUCCACUUCAGUUCAGAGAAUACCAUGCGCGCCUCCACCCGACUGAUCUGAGCCCAGACACACCAGACAGAGUCCCCCCUCCACGUUACGGAGCGCUGUGGCGUUAGAUGUUUCUUCCCCGCCCCCAAGUAGGCCAACCCUGAAAAUUAGCAUCUGCUUCCCAUCACUCUUCGCCCUCUCUCCCAGUAUGAACUCAAAGAAUGUCCAUGGAGGAUGGUGGCAAAGCAAAGACAGAGCUGGCACACAAGUGAGGUGACAAUGAUUACACAUUGGAGAAAUGCUGUCAUCAGUCACCGCCGCCGCCAGCCCCCUACCCAUGCCCAUGUGUCUCCUUGCACCUUUUUCUGAAGGUUUUUCCUGAAAAAAACUAAACAAAACACGAACUAUGAGGACUCGGGAGGGGGGGGUGCGGAGAAUACUGAAUGUGUGUGUGUGUGAAUGUGUAUUAGAUGUGUGCACUUUGGUAGAGGUGGGCUAGCCGGUGUCUGUUCUUUGUAGAUGAGGGGUACAAAGCAAAUCGGGGUAGUGCAAAGCAGGGUAUCUGGCUUUUAAUGAGGUGUGUGUUCAGCCUGGGAGGGGGGUGGGGGGGUUUGGGGG